UCCGAAAGCCCACUUUUCUCAUCUCCAUGGUGAUGCAAAUUCGUUUACAAACAACUGUGGUCAGGAAUUUCCAGGAUGAGGCGCCAACUUUCAGCCGGAAGGCCCUGCUCAAGCAGACCUUACAAGUGUGAACUAUCGCCGUAUGAUAAAAACUACCGAGGGUGCAUUAAAUCUGACCAGAGAGAUCUCAUUUUUGAGCACCAGCGUGUGGCUAAGAUGUCCAGGAGAGAUCUGGAGGAUAGUUACAUCUCUCUCUGUGACGAACACUUCACCCUCAAGCGAGAGAAUCAUGCUAAUCAGGAGAAAAUCAAGAGACUAAUCACAAAACUCUUGAGAAUCACUUCCUUUGACAUCAAGAGCACAUCCAAUCGCAGUCGGGAAACUCUAUCAGUAGAGGAAAGAGUUCAGCUCAGAAUAUUCGAUCUGGAGAUGCAGAAUUCGCAACUCAGAGAGAAAUUAACAGGCAUCUGUAAGAAAUACGGAUUGCCUUUGCCCUCGGCAAGGCCUUAUUCAGAGUUGAGAGAUCGCACAGGAAGUCAACUAACAUUUGAUGAGCCUGUACCAUCUCCACAAGAAGAGGUGAAAAUCUCAGAAUCGCCCAAGCAGGAGGAAUUGCUGAAGGAGUACAGGAACAGGAUUGAGGAGCUCACACGAGAGCUUGAGGAUCUCAAAGAAGAGCUGAAGGGCGAACACAGAAAGAAUAAGGAGCUCUUCAAUCAAGUUUCGGAACUGCGCCUGAGGAAGCACAUUGCUGAGAAUGUCCAACUAAUCCACAUUAGGGAGAAAAUGGAUGAAUUGAAGCGGGAGUUCAAGAGUAAGUCUGAAAAAAUGGAUGAGAUGAUAAAACAAAGUGCCUCAGCGCUCAAUGAGGAAAAGAGGAAAAAUGGAGAUCUGCAGAGGAAAUUAACGGAGCAGAGUGAAAAGAGUGAUCGUUUCGCGAGGCAAAUCAAGGAACUUGAGCAAUCCAAGAGAUUAGUUGAGGAGUUGAGAGAGCAGCUCACCGAGGCGGAGUCUGAGAAACAAUCGCUGAAGACGCAGCAGGAGCGCUUUUCCAUGCUUCUCAAGGAGACAUCCACCAAGAGUGACAAAUUUCAUGAUCUGCAGAGCAAGAAUGACACACUCCAAGCCAGUCUGGAUGAGGCCAAGUCCAGCGUGAUCGCGCUUCUGCACUCCAAAUCUGAACUGGUGGAGAAGAUUGUCACUCUGCAGAAUGAUUACGAUAGAAUUUCAGUGGAAUUGGAGGGAUUUCGCAGUAGAGCGCAAUUCUUAAGCGAAGAAAACGACCAUCUAAAUGAGAAGCUCACUAGAAUCUCCAUCGGCAGAGAUCAGGAGCCACAGGAUUUAACCAAGGAGACACCUAAAGUCAGUGAAAGUGGUGCAAAAAUGUGCACAUCGAUCACGAGUAUCACGAGCGAUGGGUCGAGGUCAGACACUUCAGUCUCCCUCACGUCGGACACUUUUGCCGUAAGUCCUUUAGAAAUCCCGGGUGGGAGAAGCAACUAUGAUAGUUUUGAGGGCAGAAAUCGAUUAGAAGUGCUGGACAGAGCGGCAUUGCAUCAACCCUUCUCUGUGACUAACACUGGCAAACUUCCAUGAUUGUAUUAAAUGUGUAUUAUUAAAAGAGCCAAAUGGAUUUAACAAAAUCGCGAGAAGUAAUCAAGAAAGGAACUCAAGAUAUAAAGUAUUAAGGAUGAAAGUUCAGGUGUGCAGAAUUCACGACAUUAAUAUGCGCAAAUUUUGCAUUUAAAAGAUAAAAUGUAGAAAAUGUUUUGCACGAUAAUUUGAGAGGAAAAAAAUCACUUUGAUAUUAAAAAUUAAUUGAAUAUUCACUUAUUCUCAAAGAGAAAGCGACAUAUUGAAAGUCGCAGAGUGGGAAUAAAUGUACG